AUGGCUCUCACAGCACACUUCAAUCUUGAAUUACACCAAAUGGAUGUGAAGACUGCUUUCCUCAAUGGUUUUCUCAAAGAAGAUAUUUUCAUGAAGCAGCCACCAGGAUUCAUUGAAAGGGGGAAAGAGAACUUUGUCUAUAAGUUAAAUAAGUCAAUAUAUGGACUUAAACAGGCUUCUCGACAAUGGUAUUUAAGGUUUGAUCAGGUUGUGACUUCAUUUGGUUUUGUUGAAAACAGAUUUGAUAAUUGCAUCUACAUGAAAAUGGUGAAGUCCAAUUUUAUUUUUCUGGUUCUUUAUGUAGACGAUAUACUUUUGGCAAGUUCAAAUGUUCAAUUGCUUCAAGAUACUAAGAGUAUGGUCUCUAGUAGUUUUGAUAUGAAGGAUUUAGGUGAGGCUCAUUUUGUUUUGGGCAUUGAGAUUGUUAGAGACAGGUCAAGAAGAGUUUUGGGGUUAUCUCAGAACAAUUACAUUGACAGAGUUCUUAAAAGGUUCAACAUGGAAAGAUGUAGUGGUGGUGAUGUUCCAAUUGGUAAGGGUGAUACAUUUUCUACUCAUCAAUGUCCUGUGACAGAUUUUGAAAUUGAGGCUAUGAAAGAUAAGCCUUAUGCUUCCUUGGUAGGUAGUGUGAUGUAUGCUCAAGUUUGUACUAGACCAGACUUGGCAUUUGCACUAAGUGUACUAGGAAGGUUUCAAUCAAAUCCUGGUAUUGCUCAUUGGAAUGCAAGCAAAAAGGUUCUCAGAUAUUUGCAAAAGACUAAAUCAUAUGUGUUGUGUUAUCAUUAUGUGGAUUCACUUGAUUUAGUUUGCUAUUCAGAUGCUGAUUUGGGAGGCUGUGUUGAUGACAGAAUGUCAACAAGUGGCUAUAUGUUUAUCUUAGCUGGUGGUGCAGUUUCAUGGAGAAGUAAGAAGCAAACUACCAGAUCAGUGUCUACAAUGGAAUCUGAAUAUAUUGGAUGUUUUGAAGCUGCAAGGCAAUGUGUUUGGUUAAAGCAUUUGAUUCACAGUAUGAAAAUUGUCAAGAGUAUAGAGAGGCCAUUGAAGCUAUAUUGUGAUAAUAGUUCAGCUGUGUUCUUUGCCAAAAACAAUAAAAGAUCUGAUGCUUCAAGGCUGCUGGAUAUCAAGUACUUGACACUUCAGGACAAGGUCAGAGAUGGAGUCAUUGAUAUUGAGCAUCUUGGCACUUUGCAUAUGAUAGCAGAUCCUUUAACAAAAGCUUUGCAUGUGACUGCAUUUCAAAGACUAGUGCCAAAAAUGGGUCUGCAAGCUUCGAUUAAUCUGUUUUGA